AUGGUAGUCACUAGAGCGAAUAGUUAUUCCAUUGAACCUUCUGUUCCGAACAGCCUUCAAAUGGAAACGACAACUACGUCAACAACUACAACUACACAGGCUACAGCCAGCACAACAACAACAAGCGUAGCCAACGCAAUGAUGGUCACUUCAGCCGUUUCAAGCCCAGCUGUGUCAGUAACACAGGUGUCAGACACAUUGAAUUCGACGCCAACUACGCCAGAGUUCAGCAGCCUGACAGCCCGAAAUAUAAACCUGGAGAGGCAAGAGGCGGUAAGGCAAAACCAAGAGGCCAGGCGUGAGACGCAUGCAGACGAGCAUUUGCAGCACGUUAUUGAUUCCGCGAUUGGUGUAGGCCAAAUGGAGAUGAUUCGUCUGCUCGACGAGAAAUUAAGAUUAUUGGUGCCACAACUGGUACAGCAGAGCAUGGCCAACUUAAACAGUGCAGCUAAUCGGAAUACGUUGCCAAGCCCAGUUCAAGCACGUGCAGAAGCGCAGGUUAUCCAGCAAGCCCAGGAUUUGCCUAGAGCCCAGCCCGGAGCUAGUGACCACCAGCAACCGCUUAACUACAUGGGUUCGAAUCAGCAACAGCCAGCGCCACAUGCUUAUGCACCUCCGUCCCAAGGAUGGUCGCAACCCCAAUAUCAAAUGGCAUCAAGUAAUGCUUACUUGCCGCAUGAGCAACCGCUCGACCGAUCGAGGCCACUAACGCAAACGAUGGGGGUAGGAUUACCUCCGUCGCAGCCGGCAUAUGGGUACCAGGCGCAGGCAGCACAGUCACCUGCAGCUACAUACCGGAGUGCAGCGAGAAAGUUCGAUGUCGAGAAAUGGAGGCUAAAAUUUGAUGGCACUUCGAAGACGAUUGGGGCUGAAGAUUUCAUGUUCAGACUGGAGCAGUUAAGGGCCGAUUACCAAUGCGAUUGGGAAGAGAUUCUGGUGAAGUUUCCCCAGUUCCUAGAGGGGCCAGCAGAGGACUGGUACUGGAUGCAGCGCAGACUAGACCACAUUCGAAGCUUCCCAGAACUCAAAGAAGCUUUCUUAGCCCAAUUCAGAAAAUUUGAGAGCGAUUUCGAUAUCCAGCGUAAAAUGAUGGACCGUCGACAGGGUGCCCAUGAGUCUUUCGAAGAGUUCUGCAACGCCAUGCUGCGCUUGCGCCACCAGCAGAGAAAGCCCAUGGAUGAGCAAGUAAUGGUGGAGAUGAUGAAAAGCAAUCUAAAGCCACCUAUGGCCGCCUUAGUGUUCCCCAUACGUAUGUAUGGCCUGCAACAUUUCCGCGAGGAAUGCAGGAAAGCAGAGUUGCUGCUAAGUAACCAAAGGCAAGCGGCACAAGCGCACAGGCAACAAUUCGCACCGCGGGUAAACGAGCUGGAAUUUGAGGAACCACCCGAAGAGCUGGAAGUUGAAGCCAUCAGUCGACAAGCAAACUACGUGUGCUGGAACUGCGAGGAACAGACAGGUUCUACCAAAAUAACUAUUUUAAGUAAUAAUAGCAUUAAGGGUGGUGGUGAGAAUAUUGAAUUGAAUAUUAGACUUAAGGAAAUUAGGCCAUGGCAUAUCAGAAUGCAGGAAUAUAACGAAGCUCGAGAGAGGAUAUUUGCUGAAGAAGGUCAGCUUGAAAGGAAAAAGAUUGUAGAAAAGGUGACACGUAUAGAUAAAGCUAGAGAACGUUAUAGGCGAAGGAAAGCUCUCAGGCAAGAAAUUGCUUCAGCCACUUUGUACGAGGGCGAAGAUACAAGGCUCUAUAUGCGCGUAAAGAUUGCAGGAGAGGAAGUAGAAGGUUUAUUGGACAGCGGUGCCACCGUUACAGGUCUAGGGAAAGGGUGCUUGGAGUUGGUGGAGAAAAUAGGGCUGCCCAUAUUUCCAUAUAGAUCUGUCAUUAUGACCGCCGAUGAGACUCCGCACGCGAUUGUGGGGCGCAUAAGGGCAAAGAUAAAAGUGAAAAAGUCUGAAGAGGAAGUUACAUUCUUUUUAAUACCAACUUUGGGUAAAGCGUUAUACCUUGGUGUUGACUUCAUGAAGAAGUUUAAACUAGUAGCCACCAUUGAGAGCUUAAGCUUGGAGGAAGAAGAAGACAAGCCGAAAGACCCAUCGCAACACUGCUUGAGGAGUGAAGAGAAGCUACGCCUAGACGAGGUCAUCUCUAUGUUUCCGUCAUUUGAGGUGAGGGGCCUGGGGAAGACACUAUUGGAGGAACACAGUAUCGAUACCGCAGAGGCUGAACCCGUCAAACAGAGGCAUUAUCCCGUAUCUCCUGCCGUUCAGCAACUGAUGUAUUCGGAGCUGGAUAGGAUGAUUGCCAUGGGAGUCAUUGAGCAGAGUCAAAGCCCGUGGAACAACCCGGUUACCUUGGUGCGCAAGGGCGCUAAAAACCGAUUGUGCCUCGAUGCGAGGAAGUUCAAUGCCCUCACGGUAAAAGAUGCCUACCCACUUCCGAAUAUUGAAGGCCUGCUGAGUAGGCUGGGAGACACGCAUUUUAUCUCGAGUGUGGAUCUGAAAGAUGCGUUCUGGCAGAUCCCUCUCGAGAUAAAAAGCCGGGAGAAGACGGCGUUCACCGUGCCGGGAAGACCCUUGUACCAUUUCACAGUCAUGCCUUUUGGGCUGUGUAAUGCGGCCCAAAGGUUAUGUCGAUUAAUGGACAAGGUCAUCCCAGGGCAUCUGCGGGAGCGAGUGUUCGUCUACUUGGACGACUUACUCAUAGUGUCACCCGAUUUCAGGACCCAUUUGGAGCUGUUGGCGCAAGUGGCGAAAGCCUUGACGAAUGCCGGACUUACAAUCAACGUUGCCAAAUCGAAAUUUUGCUUUCGGGAGCUCAGAUAUUUGGGCUACAUUGUCGGGGAAGGAAAAUUGAAGCCAGACCCCGAGAAAGUGUCCGCCAUACUGGAGUGUGACUACCCCAAAACUGUGAGGCAGGUCAGGAGAUUCACUGGCAUGACCGGAUGGUAUCGCCGAUUCAUCCCGGACUAUGCGACAAUAGCAGCACCGAUAUUCCAAACGCUCAAAAAGAGUAAGACUUUUGCGUUCGGUGAGGAAGCCAGGGUGGCCUUCCGGAAAUUGAAGGACGCACUCACCCAAAGUCCCGUUUUACGACAUCCUGAUUUUGCCAAGCCGUUUUUCGUCCAGUGUGACGCAUCGGAUGUGGGAAUUGGGGGAGUUCUCUUUCAGAAGGACGAAGAUGGAAGCGAGCACCCGAUUGCCUUCAUGUCCCAGAAAUUAACACCGGCGCAAAAGAAUUACUCUGUGACCGAGCGUGAGUGUCUGGCUGUGGUGAUGGCCAUAAAGAAGUUCCGACCCUACAUUGAGCUAAUGCCAUUUACUGUGAUUACGGACCACUCUUCGUUGAAGUGGCUAAUGUCCAACAGAGAGCUCGGUGGGAGAUUGGCUAGAUGGAGCUUGUUGCUCCAGGGUCACAACUUCGGCAUAGAACACCGCAAAGGAAGCCAGAACGUGGUCCCAGACACUCUAUCGCGAUUGGAUUUGGAGGAGCUAUGCGAAGAAUUUGCCAGCCUUGUGGAUCUCGACGCAGACGAGUUCAAAGAUGACGAGUAUUUGGACAAAAUAAAAACUAUCUCCGACAACGGAGAAUCAUUGCCAGACCUGAUGGUUAAGGACGGCCUCAUCUACAAAAGGACAAUCCCUGUGACUGUGGACAUGCCAUGCGAGGAUUAUGUUUGGAAGCUAUGGGUUCCAUCACGGUUGACGACAAACACCAUAGCAAAGGCACAUGAACCGACUACGGCGGCACAUGGAGGUUUCCAUAGAACUCUGAAAAGGUUACGAGAGCUGUACUACUGGCCAAACAUGAGUGCACAGGUCCGUGAUUUCAUAAAGAGGUGUGAGAUCUGUAAAGGGGCUAAGCCCAAUUAUCAAAAUAUGCAACAGCCUAUGGGACCAGAGUACAAAAUAGACAAACCUUUUCAGAAGAUUUAUGUAGACUUCCUAGGGCCGUACGUCCGGUCGAAGGCCGGUAAUUCAUACAUUUUUAUAGUCCUUGAUCACGUCACUAAAUUCGUGCUGUUGAAGCCCAUGUCCAAGGCCACCUCGAGAAACGUAAUUAAGUUUUUGACCGGUGAGAUGUUUCACAAAUUUGGAGUUCCAGAAAUUGUCAUGUCGGACAAUGGAAAACAGUUCGUGGGGAAAGAUUUUUCCAACUUCUUAGACGUGCAGGGAGUAAUUCAUUAUAAGACUGGACUGUACUCGCCGCAGGCGAACGCAUCCGAAAGGGUAAACCAGUCGAUUUUGGCGGCUAUUAGGUCUUAUUUGGAUGGCGACCAGAGGGAAUGGGACCAAAACCUAUCAGCUAUAGAGUGUGCUUUGCGUUCAUCUGUGCACUCGUCAAUUGGAAUGACGCCUUAUUUCGCGCUUUUUGGCACGAAUAUGGUGACACAUGGAAGUGUCUAUCGCUUGGCUAAGCAAUUGUCUUCAAUGAGGGACCCAGAAUUUAACGCUUUGCCCAAAGCUACUCAUUUGGAGUUAGUCAGAGAAGAAAUUCGAAAGAAUCUCGAAAAAAGUUACAAAGAGCGGUCUACAAAAUACAAUACCCGCGCGCGAGAGAUAGCAGAGGAAUUAAGUCCCAGGGAUCUCUAUAGCAGUAAGGAACAAGCUGUAGAACAGCCGUCGUCUUGUGGUAAACUGUAG